AUGCUCAUCUUUCGCUGUUUAUCAGUAGCCGAAACUUCUCGAAAGAAGAAGCAACUAAACGAGACGGAACUCGCCCUUCGACGAGAGGAAACGGCACGGAAGAGAAGGAAUCUGUCUGAGAAGAAACUGGAAGAUGAGAAGGUAGAGACGAUAAACCGUCUUCUCAAAAAGCAGUCCAAGUCUAAGAACAAGCGCAAUGCACUCUCCACCGCCGAUGACCGCACACCCCUCUCAGCCACACCCGCUCUUGUCUCAUCCACAGCCGAUGGCUUACAAGACGGCGAAAACUCUGAACCAGUUCAAGUCGUUCCGACCAUGUACAGAUGGAUCUCUACCGCGAAGCCAUCCAAUCUCGGUAAAGGGAAGAGUCCGCUGAACAAAGAAGAGAGCAUGAGAAUCACCUUUUCCAUCCCCGCUUCUCUUCCGAAAAGCUAUGUCAUGCACUCAGCAAGUCAACAGUAUUGGUGGGGUACCGGGCCUCCACCAGAUCAGCAGAGGAUAUGUGACGUCGACGGUUGUAAGAGUGUGAGGAAGUAUGGCUUAGUGAGAGAUUCAAGUAAAAGCGCGUGUGGCAUGGACCAUCUGAAGGUGCUUGAGAGGCAGAUAAACUCUGCAUAGGUUCUAGGCUCUUCGCUUUAGAGUUAUAGGGUUUUUUUGCGACACAAGAAUUUAUGUUGCCCUGCAAUCUAUAUUUGCACUGAAACUGAAAAAACAUUGCAGUGUUUCAGUAUACUCGUUUUCCAACCCGCUCGACCCUCGACGCCGUGUUGUGCAUAUACCAUGGUGCGAUGCCUUGGGGGUAUAUCCGUUGUCCGUGUGUAACGUCCAAGGCGGUGUAGGAUAGAUGUACAUCAGUCGGUAUGUUAUGUUCUUAUUGUUGGUUCAUUCCUCCAGAUCCCCUCGAUUUUCUAAGUUCAUGUGAUUUGCCGCAGCUGAUCAUGAUGUGAUGAACAAGGUUUACAUUCCGUGCUAGCCUGGAUUGGGCGUCGAAGUUGUGAGCUAUCCGCAGAUUUCUUUGUGCCCCAUGUUCUACAGUACCCUUCUGUCGAGUCGUAGCAAUGGUUUUCCUCGCCAAAUGCCAGUGUUAUUUUAGUCAUA